GGCACACAGGACAGGCUGGAGUGGGGGCCAUCAUGGAGUGGCUGAGGUCAGUGUCCAUCUGGGCUAACCCCAGUUCAGGUAGGGACACACAGAGCAUGUUGCCUUCGACCUAUGUCCAGGCAGCUUUUAUAGAUCUUCAAGGAUCUACAUCUUCACCUUCACAAUAAAAAAAACUUCCUGGUGUUCAGACAGAGCCUGAUGUACUUCAGUUGCACCCACUGCCUUUUGUCCUGUCACUGGAUGCCAACAGAAAGAGCACCGUCCUCUUCGCACCAUCCCUUCAAGUUCUUAUAGGUAUUGAUGAGAUCCCCUCUGAACCUUCUCUCCAGGCUGAAUAGUUACAGCUCUCAGCCUUUCUUCAUAGGAGAGGUGCCCUACUCUCUUAAUGAUCUUUGUGGCCGUUUCCUGGAUCUCAGGAGCGGCCUCACCAGUUGUGGGCAGAGGGAAGGAGUUACAGUCCUUCUCUGUGGCAAGGGUGCACCAUUGGAUCAUAGGCAACUUGGAGUCCACCAGGAUAUCUGAGGGCACUUUCUGUAAAGCUGUUUUCCGGGCGAUUGGCCCCAGCAUGUACUGGUGCGUGUUCUCAUUGUUUCUCUUAAAAGAAAUUUCCUGGGCUCAACCACCCCGGUCUGGCACCUUUCCUUCAGUAUCACAGUCGGAGUCAAAAUACCACAGUCGGAGUCAAAAUGUCUCCGUAUGGCCUUGACCUGCUCGAAGAAUUACUUCUCUUGCGUGCCUGCCCCUAAGCCUUUGCUCCAAAGGAGCAGAGGCAGCUGUGGAGACAGGCAAAGGGCAAAGCUGCCAGGUAUGGGCUGUUUUUAGGCUGCGUUAGGCGAUGGAGCUCCUUGGCACGCCACUGAUUUUUAUGCAGACUUCUCAUCUCUUUGUCUCUUGCAGACAUUUCAGGGUUUAUCAAUUCAGACAGCUCAUGGCCACAUCUGAAACACAGUGAAAAUAAAAUCAAGGUCUUGUGCAGCAUGAAGGUGGUUGACUCCUCCAGGCAUGCAAGGAUGGGUCUUAUGGGUAGUACAGGGGUGGAUGGAUGGUGCAGGAGUCCAUGGUGGUCUCUGCUACUCCUGGUGCUGCUCAAUUGCUCAUCCAUGUGGUUGAGGACUCUGGUCCAAGCUAUCAGAGCUAGCUAGCUGUGAUAAUUGUUCAGAUUCCACUGGGUUGCGCAGGCAGGUUCCCAUCCCUACUGUGGAGCUGGCAACCUGAGACAGCCCGCGUCCUUCGGCGCAUGUGGCUGGCACAGGUUUUCUUGGCAAGGACUCACAGAUUUGAUUGCUGGUGCUUGAUGGGGUCACAGUCCUGAGUCCCUGGGACUGGUCUGACCUGCCUUACUGCUGCACUUCAGAGCAGUACGAGAAUGUCAGGUCCCCAGCAGAGGGCAGACCCUCUUCUCCUUGCUUGUACAGACUUGUCUGCAAUAGCCUCCAGCCCUGCUGGAGAAUCCUCUUUGUGUCCAUGCUGGGAUAAAAGUGCUGAUCCUGCAGGUCAGUGAUGCCACAGGGUUCUCUGGAGAAGCCACACUGUGCUGAUUCCUCCUUUCGUCCCGGGGGAGAGCUGCCUGUCUCCCAGCAGGGCUGGAAAGCUGGACAAGGACCAUGAUCUUGCCUGACCUCACUCCUUUCUCUUUCUAGAGCCCCAUACUGGGGGGCUCACCUGGACAUCCUGAGCAAGAGGUCUAGCUUCUGCCCUCUCGGCAUCACCUGUGGCACUUUACUGUCCCCUUCCUGCUGCUGCAUGGGCUGUCCUGACUCCAACUCCACGUGGAGUCCAGCCAAGUGAGGCUCCAUGCGGCACAUCCACACAGAGACGUCCCUGCCCCCGGAGCGCAGCGCUGACUCCAGCCUGUCCCGACCCAGUGGAGAGGCAGCCUUGGAGCCUUCCUCACAACACUGUGCCCACCACGGCAUCCUCAUGGGCUACAACGAGACAGAGAUCAAGCGCCAGAAGGUUUACCAGGUCUCCAUCUUCUCCCAUCUCUCCAGCUCCUCCGAGAGCACGGAGCAACGAGCAGGCAGUCAUCCGACUCUCAAGAGGAGCUACCCUGAGCAGCGAACUCCAGAGGGGGUGCGGGAUCCCAAACGAACUCACUGGGGUGGUGGGGUGGACAGCAAGCGUGAUGGGGGCUUGGGGCAGGCUGCCCUGGAGGACGAUGAUACUUUUGAGGAUGGUCUGCUGGUGGACGAGCUCUCUCUGUGCGGCUCUGCCCAGCAUUUCUCCCAUAGUGGGCUGCAGGUGGUGGAGCACCGGUGUGUGAGCAGUCCCAGCCCUAAGGCCAAUAGAGAGGACAAGCCGCAAGAUACCUCCUCCUUCUGGCCACAGCACAUUGCUUGCAGUACUUUGCACACAAGAGAUAGUUGCCCGGUCCCACCGGGGAAUCAGCUUGCAGACUGCUGGGAGAAUGGGGAGCAAAUGAGUGACCAUAACCUACCUGACCUUGAUUUGCACAAUAUUGCACAAAAACCCCAGCUGGACUGUGGUGGGAGGGGAGAGAAGCCAGGCAGCAGCCCCGCUCACCGCUGCGGGGCUGGCGAAGCAGAGGAAUGGCCGGUGGUGGCUAAUGGGUGCAAGGAGCCUCUAGCCCCACAGAUGUUACUCAGCCCUGAGCCUAGCAACCUGAGCUCCCAGGAAAAGACACCCUGUGGGAACAGCAGCAGCAGCAGCUGCCCAGCCAAAAGGAAGUUGCUACCGGCUGGUGAGAUUAUGGCUGACUCCUGCUCUGAGGAUGAGAGCCUAUCCCAGCUGGUGAGGAAGAAGAGAGCCCUGCCAUGCCACCCAGUGCCCACAGCUUGCCGCAGCACCGACGCCAAGGGAGCCCCUUUCUGGAAUCACCUGCUUCCCACAGCCAAGAGCUCUGCAGAUUGCACUACAGUCGGGAGGAGGCUGAAGAGCGGGCUGCGCCUCAAAUCGCGACAUCUCCGGAGCAGCCUCCGGAGAGGAACCCGUUCCUCUGCAUCAUCCUGGGCCACCACCACUGUCAGCCAUGCUCUGCUGGGCAAUUUUGAGGAGUCCAUCCUGAAAGGGCGCUUUGCACCAUCGGGGCGCAUCGAGGGGUUCACCGCAGAGAUCGGUGCCAGCGGCUCCUACUGCCCGCAGCAUGUCACCCUGCCCGUGGAUGUCACCUACUUCGACAUCUCCGAGCACAGCGCGCCCUCGCCUUUCCUGGGAGUGAUUGACUUGGAAGCCUUGGGAAAGAAGGGUUACAGUGUUCCUAAAGCUGGAACCAUCCAAGUGACCUUAUUUAACCCCAACAAGACUGUGGUGAAGAUGUUCUUGGUGACGUACGACUUCCAGGACAUGCCUGCCAAUCACAUGACCUUCCUACGCCACCGCAUUUUCCUGGUGCCUGUGGGGAAAGAGAAGGGGGCCACUGUGUCCUGCAGUGAGCCACCAGGCACCGACCCACCCCGCAGGGUCCUCUGCUACCUGAUGCACCUGAGAUUUCACAGCUCCAAGUCUGGGAAGAUCUACCUUCACGACAACAUCCGGCUGCUUUUCUCACGCAAGUCGAUUGAGGUCGACUCGGGGAUCCCAUAUGAACUAAAAUCCUUCACGGAGAUGCCAAGAAACCCUCGCUACUCACCCUGGCCCUGACCUUCUCCCUUGCUCAGGGCCACCGAGCAGUGCCCAGCCCAGUGCUUUGGGGAUCAUUGAGUAAAAGAGAGACCAAGCGCAGCCACCUGGAAGUGUCCCCAGCCCUACGCACCCAUCCUCCUGAGCAGCACUGAUGUCACAGCUGUGCCCUGGGACAGAGCUGGCAUCACCAAAGGGGAUUUAUGAGGAGGGGCAAGGGCUGGGGAGCACUCUGGGGCUGUGCCCAGGACUUUUGCAAGCUGGGAGGUGUGGCUGGAGCUGAGGGGGAGGGCUCCUCCCAACCUGCGCCCGGCCGUGGGUUGGGAGCAGAAAGUUCAGAAGUUUGUAUUUAUUAGUAUUUAUUGUCAUAGGGGUGCAGAGGUGUUGGAGAUAUGGUUCCUGGCAGGGGACAGCCGGGGUGAUGGGGGUGAGGGCAGGGGCGAAGGACGAGCCUGGAGGGUUGGCCGAGAGGGGGCAUCAACUCCACGUGGCUGAAACAUCACUGUGCGUGCGUAUCGGGGCGCGGCUCCGCGCAGGGCGCCAGCCACUGGCCGGAAUGACACGGAGCGGGGGCUGUGGCCCUUCAGGGGCCGGGUGGAACCCCCCCCUCCCAGGGGGCCCGUGAGGGCCAGGUGAGGAGCUGCCCCUGCCCUUCGCCCCAGAACCCCGCUGGCCUCUCCCUGCGGCACCCCAGGGCCGGGGGUUCGCCCCGCGGCACUCCGUGCUGGGGCCCCGCCCGGAGCGCAGUAGCGGUACUUCUGUGUUGGUUUUUAUUUAAUAAACGUUUGGAAACGUAA